UGGUGAUAGGUACUCAGGGUAUAUAAGACGAGCACCUGCCGCCGACAGAAGCGCAAACAGUUGAUUUCGGUACAGCUAACAGAAUAUGAUGAAAAUUGUUAUCCUCGGUCUUUUGGCCGCAUUGGCAUAUGCAGCUCCCCCUAUGCGCGGUAUGGGUAUGGGUAUGGGGAUGCCACCUAUGAUGAUGCCACCCAUGAUGAUGGGUGGUAUGCUACCACCUGAAGCUCUGGACAUGCUUAAGGACCUUAAACCAAAUGAUAUCAAAGAAGCCAUCAAAAACAUGCCACCACAAAUGAAGAGCAUGAUGCAGGGGAUGGGAAUCUCUGAAGAUCAAAUAAAUGAAGCCGUCAAGAGCCUUCCAGAAGAUUUAACUCCUCUUGUAGAACAAAUGAAAGAAAAACUAGAAAAUCAUCCAGAGGAAGUGGAAAAGGUCAUGGCAAAAGUUGAACUUCCAGAAGAAAUGCAAGCAAAUAUGAAAGAGUCAGCACUCGGUAUUCUAAAGGGAAGAAUGCAAGAAAUGGGCAUGGACAUAAAAGAGGAUGAAGACAUGUCAUCAGUAAUGGAGAAAGCCAAGUCUGCCAUCGCAAACCAACUGAAAGAGGAUGGAUUUGAUUUAAACGACCCAGAAGGUAUGCAAGCCAAGAUGAUGGCUGAGAUGAGAAAAAUCACCAACGCAUCACCUGAUGAGAGUGACGAAGAAGUUAAGAUCAAAGUCGCUAAGGAUCUGCUCGAGCAAAUGAAAGAAAAUGGCCAUGAUGUCGACCCAGAAAAACCACAAGAGGCAAUGGAGAAAUUGAAAACAGAAUUGAAAAGCCAACUGAAAUCCAUGGACAUUGAAAUUGACGAGGAAGACCUUAACGCCAAUGAUUUCAAAGCAGUUUUACAGAAAAUUAUCGCCACUGGCAAACUGGGAAAUCCAAUGCAUUUGAUGAUGUCUGCCAUGGCUACUUUCAGCAGUGGAGAAAUUCCCCAUGGAGGUCCAAUGCCACCACCAAUGAUGAUGCCACAAGAAAUGCCACAUCCACAAGGAGGAUACAGAAUGCAGCCACUAAACUCAUACGUUGAAGGAGCCGAAGAUGCUUUGGUUCACGUAUUCGGAGAUGAUGAUGAGGUUAUUCAAAAUCUAAUGGAAAUCAAAGCUGGAGCAAUGAGAGGUGUCCUCCCAGAACAAGCCCUCUUCAGACUCAUGAAAGACCUUAUGCACUACCGUCUAGAGGCCCGUGUUCUUAUUGCCCAGAACAGAAUCCUUGAAGAGAAAUUAGCUGCCUCCCAGUUCCACGCCAUGCCACCAUUUGCCAGAAGCCCAUUCGCUCUGAGAGUCCUUGGGUGUAGACAUCAUCAUUAAAUGCGUGAUAUAAACUGCUGUUGUUCCAGAAUCUGUGUUCCACUGUAUGCUUUGUUGUGAUACCAAUAAACAUCGGAUUACAAAACAUUACUGUCAAACCAGUACAGUUGUCUUUCUUUCUUUUAAAUGAUGUUAUGUAUCCAUUAAAAUCUUCGUUUGUGUAUGUUUCACUGUAGACUCAUUAAAAACCAAUUAGAUCCACUGA